UGGAGCAUCGGAGCGGCUCAAGGAGCAAGUGAUCGAGCUCAUCAGUCCUGCAAGAGCUCAGAGAAACAAACCACGAAAUGGCGGAGGUGGUGACAACGCCGGCGGCGAUGAACGGGGGCGCGAGCGUGAAAGGGCCGGUGGUGGUCACGGGGGCGUCGGGCUUCGUCGGCUCCUGGCUCGUCAUGAAGCUCCUCCAGGCCGGCUACACCGUCCGGGCGACGGUGCGCGAUCCCGCGAACGUUGUGAAGACGAAGCCAUUGCUGGACCUUCCCGGAGCAACGGAGCGCCUGUCCCUAUGGAAAGCCGACCUGGCGGUGGAAGGCAGCUUCGACGACGCCAUCAGGGGCUGCACCGGCGUCUUCCACGUCGCCACGCCCAUGGACUUCGAGUCCAAAGACCCUGAGAAUGAGGUGAUCAAGCCGACGGUGGAAGGGAUGAUAAGCAUCAUGCGAGCCUGCAAGGAGGCAGGCACCGUGCGCCGCAUCGUCUUCACUUCCUCCGCCGGGACGUGCAACAUCGAGGAGUGGCGGAAGCCCGUCUACGACGAGGACAACUGGACCGACGUCGAUUUCUGCCGUCGCGUCAAGAUGACCGGAUGGAUGUACUUCGUGUCUAAAACCCUGGCGGAGAAGGCGGCGCUGGCGUACGCGGCGGAGCACGGCAUGGAGCUCGUCACCAUCAUCACGACGCUCGUGGUCGGGCCUUUCCUCAGCACGGGCAUGCCGCCGAGCAUGAUCACCGCGCUGGCGCUCGUCACGGGGAACGAGGCGCACUACUCGAUCCUGAAGCAGGUGCAGUUCGUCCACCUCGACGACCUCUGCGACGCCCACAUCUUCCUCUUCGAGCACCCGGCCGCCGCCGGGCGCUACGUCUGCUCCUCGUGCGACACCACCAUACACGACCUCGCCGCCAUGCUCAGGGAUAGGUACCCCGAGUACGACAUCCCGGAGAGGUUCCCAGCUGGGACUGGGAUCGAGGACGACCUCCAAAUGGUGCACAUGUCGGCCAAGAAGCUCCAAGACCUUGGGUUCACUUUCAGGUACACGAGGAUGGAGGACAUGUACGACGACGCCAUCCGGACGUGCCGGGAGAAGGGCCUCAUCCCCCUCGCCGCUGCCGGAAGGGACGACGGCUCUGCCUCAGUGCGCGCACCCGGCGAGAGGGAUGUGACGGCCACUGCCGGAGGGGACGUCUCUGCCCCAGUGCGCGCACCCGGCGGCGAGACGGAUGUGACGAUUGGCGCUUAGGCAACAAUCGCUGGUUUGACAAAAAAUUACGGCUCCCCGUGGAUGAUGAUGCUAUCAGCUAUCUAUCGUACGUCCCUUCGAGCGCCGCUGGCAAUGCGGGAGGGAAUUUACAACAACAAUGCCUCGACGCGCGAAGUAAAUUCGGUGUGUUUGAAUUCCUUUUUUUUCUCCUGUAUUAUUAUGUGUUGUUUUAUACUGAAACAAAUGUUUCUGGGCAUUUUACUACAGCUAGCCCCUACAGUAGAGAUCCUAUAAAUAAAUUAUCUGUAGAGGCUCUGGUGUAAUAAUUGUUUUGGGUCAUUGAAUUUGUACUAUUAUAAUCCUUCAGCUUUUGAA